UUACUCUUGGAAGAAAAUAAUUGUUAUCAGACAAUAUUAGAGUGGGCGGUAGUUGGGUUGGUCAAUCUGAUCCAGACACUAUAUAAAUGAAAGGACAGUAAGGAGAGCAGAACAAACUCCUAACAGGAGGAGACUCACUCAUGGCCUAUGAGACAGAGAAACAUGAGACUCAAUACUGCUUUCCUGCCAUCAACUCAUCAUGUAUCAAGGGAAAACGCUCCAGACAUGAACACAAUAUCAUGUAUGUGUUUUUUUCAUUGCUGUCAGCAUGGACUGUGUUUGUGAACCUGCUGGUGAUCAUCUCCAUCUCUCACUUCAAGAAGCUUCACACUCCAACCAACCUGAUUAUUCUCUCUCUGGCUGUGGCCGACCUGCUUGUUGGACUUAUUGUGAUGCCUGCGGAUGCAAUUAAGUUGAUUGAGACAUGCUGGUACUUUGGAGACAGUUUGUGUGACCUGUUUAUGAUAAUCAUGGCUCUGCUCCUCUCAACAUCUUUUUGUAAUUUAGUUUUAAUUGCCGUUGAUCGUUAUGUGGCUGUGUGUCACCCUUUACUGUACCCACAUAAAAUAACCACAACUAGAACAUUAAUAAGCAUCUGUCUCUGCUGGUUUUUCUCCUUUGCCUACAAUCUUGCCUAUAUGAUUAAUGGCAGAAAUUUUGAAAGUUCACAAAGAACAGACACAUGUUAUGGAAAGUGCUAUUUAAUAAUAGGUUUUUCAUGGAGAGUUGUUGACCUGUUCUUUUCAUUCUUGUUUCCUUUGACUGUGAUCAUAACUUUGUAUUUGAGGAUAUUUUAUGUUGUACAUCAGCAAGUGAAAGUUAUAAACUCUCUGAUGAAGGGUGGUAAAUUUGUAAAGGAAGGUUCAUUGAGGAGGAAAUCUGAGAGCAAAGCUGCUCUGACAUUAGGAAUCAUUGUGACAGCUUAUCUGACAUGUUAUAUUCCAUACUAUAUCUUGUCUUUAACAAGUAGUACAAUAAUCUCUUCUGCUACAAUGACAUUUCUACUAUGGACUAUAUAUGCUAACUCAGGCCUGAAUCCUAUUAUCUAUGCUUUAUUUUACCCUUGGUUUAAAAUAUCAGUUAAACACAUCUUAACUCUUAAAAUAGUGAAGCCAGCAUCCUCUCUCUUAGACAUAUUUACAUAUUAUUCAUGAUUUUUGUAGAGGAGGAUUUUUUUUUUUGGUCUGUUUGACAAAGCAUAGACUAAUGUAUAGUACUUUUAUACAUUUAUAAACUGAAUGUGAACAUACUGGAUACCAAAUGUGCCAUAAGCUCAUUACAGUUUUUCACAAUCACUUUGCUACUAUUUUCAGCACCUUGAUGUCAUUUUUCAAAACUCUAGACACAAAACUUAAUACGGUUAUCACUUGUAACACAGGCUGUCUAAUGGUCAAAACAUUGCAUUGUGCAUUCACAUCUUUAAAGAAAUCUUGCACUUGCACAAUCAUUGGUUCAAAACACAAAUUUACUGUGAAAUACCGAUAGUUUCACUGUGUCAUUGUUCUUACAAUAAUUAAAUAUUGUAGAACAAAAUAGGUGAUACAGGUUUCAUUAUGGUACUACAUGUACAGUAAAUACAUCUCUGCAAAAGUACUGCAGUAGUAGAGAGAAUACUACAGACACAGUGGAAUCACUGAAUAAAGUUUGUAAUAUAUCGAUGCAAAACACUACAGUAAAAUCACAACAUAGGUUUAUUUGAAUCAAAGCAAAAAUAAUUAGCUAUGAAAUAGAAAAGAAAAGAGAGUACUGUAAUCAACUAUCAAUGAGAAUUUUUAGUACAGAUGUGGUUAAUUGUCAUUACACAUACUGUCACAGUACCUUCAUUGAAGGCCUCAUUUUCCUUAUGCAAAAUAUAAUUUUUGGGGGAGAGAGGUAUAGGUUAUGAAAUGGCCUCGUUUUUGUGAUAUUUUCCAUUUUUAAAGUAAAAUUCAAGGUGUUUUGAUGAUGAAAAUGCCCCUUUUUUCUGAAAAAGCAAUGUUGUAUAUACUCAUUCCACAAUGUGCACUCAAUCAUCAGUAACGAGUUGGCAAAAUUGGACAAGCAAUUACAAGGGCCUGCAUCUAUACAGUGCACUACUGUCAAUACUGUAAAUAGUCUGAAAAGGUGGUAAAGUAUUUAGGGCCAUAGACAUAGUGUCUGAUGAAGCAUUAUGAUAAAAUAUCAUAGGCUACAUCCAUGGAUAUUGUAGUCUAAUUGGUUCAUGCUCCAUGCUAAUUGAUGAUAAUGAAUCUUGUUAUCCUGAAACUUUCAUAAUUUGCAGUAAACAUGGAAGAUUGUUUGUCUGUUUCCAUACAACUAUGCAUUAAGAGUAAUGCAACAGUUACUUAUCAUUUUGAGCAGUUGUAUGAAUUGAUAGUUAGAUCAUUGUAAGGAAAUUAAUAGACUCAUUUGAAAUGUAAUGUGUGAAUUGCCUUUUGAAAUAUUAGUACUUUGAUGUUGUGUCAUAUUGAACACGUGAUUUUUGUUGAAUGAACAAAUGAUCUAAGUUUCAUGUGUAUUGUAUCCAAGCAAUUGAAAAAUUUUUUUAUUUGAUUUUGGAUUUAAUUUGUUUAAAUUCUUAUUCAUUCUUAUUCAUUCAUUUCUAGGUCUCAAAAACAUAAAUAGAAAAAAACAGAAAUUUUUAAUUGCAGUAAUAGGAUGAAACAAAUACUUUGAAGUGGACAUGACAUUAAACACUUCAUGUUGUCAGAGUAAUGUGAGCAAUAAAAAUACCUUGCUAAAAUCUUCAGUUGUGUAAAAUUGAAAAGAUGAUGAUUAAUUUUCCCCUGAAGCAACAGUUUUACUAAUGUGCAUUUACAGUUACAGAGCAUUUACAGUUAUUCUGUUCUUGUAAUCAGCUGAAUGACCACAGCCUAGUGUUAAACCAUACUGUUUAGAUGCAAAAGGGAAUUUAAUUUUUCAUAUCCCGAUUCAGCCAGAAGGUGGCGACAAAUACUUGUGCAAAACCAAGGCAUCAUUGUCUCUCCAUUGACAAAUUCUAAAGCUUCAUCACAUACAUCCUUCAUAGAGAAAGGAAUCCCAAAGUUCAUUGCGACAGAUUCAUGAGGUGUUAAUAAUGUUGAUAAUAAACUUAUUUAAUUCAGUACUGAAAAAUAUCAAUACAAAAUGUCUUUCAUUUGUAUCAUGUGUAUUUUUAUUCUUAUUAAUGUAUCUUACUAUUUACUUGUACAGUAUGUUAACAUGCUAAAGUCAGAUUUUAUUGAAAUCAAUUGUGAAUUCACGUUUCUCUGCUCUUUGUAUGUUUGUGUGGAGUGGCGGCCUAUAGAGAGUGUUCCAAAUCAGUUUCUUUUAAGGUUCCAUGACAGUUAGAAGACAAUUGCCUAUGUAGGUUGUUAUACAUAAAGUAUCUGUAAAUCACAAGAUUUAUGUGUAAAUGCAUCUCAGAUAUGAUUUAAACCAGGACUUCUCAACUCUGGCCCUCCAGGUCCACUUUCCUGAAGAGUUUUGCUCCAACUCUAAACAAACACACCUGAACACACUCCAACCAACCUGAUCAUUAUCUCUGUGACUGUGGCUGUGGCUGACCUGCUUAUAACUUAUUGUGAUAUCUAUAAACAUGCCAUAAACAUCCCCUCACUGCCAAAGGUCCAGAAUUUAAGUCUUUUUUUUUUUAUUUUUUUUUAUUUUUUUAUGUGAUUAUUGUCAUAAUUGUUUUAAUCAAUGUGUUG